AGAAGUCAAUUCAGCUUUGCAGAUUUCUAAUUUUGGUUAACUAAAAGGAUGUGUCAUUCUGUCCCCCACUCCAGAAUUCCAAUUUCGGUAUUUAUUUGAAUUCCGCAUGCUUUUCAACUGUGAAGUGCUUUGUGAUACUUGAAUUCUAAUUGAUUGUCCCAGGUUCAUGUGGAAGUGUGUAUCGUGGUCUGUGGUGUGGCUCGGUAUGGUUUCUUUUCCCCUGAAAAAUAUAAUCCUAGGGAUCAGGGAGUGCCAUUAUGUAUGCCUAAUAUGUAUCUCCAAUGGCAACUUACUAUAGUUAUGCUGGUAUGUUGGGAUUUCUUUCACCAGCCCUCGACAUUAGCAUGGUGUGUCGACCAGACUUGAAAAGUUAUGCAGAGGGGAGAGAAUGUCGUACAUUUGUCAUUGUGUUAACAAGCACCCCCUUUCACUUUCUUGCAGGAUGUUGCAUUAAAGCUAUUCUCAAAAAAUGGUUACUCAGAUGACUUGCUGCAUUCCUACAGACAAGAGGUAGUUUCUGAAAUUAAGCUAAUCUUUAUAAUAAAAAUGCACCUGAAGCUGUCAAUAGACGACAUUUCCUCUCCUCACAAACUCACAAAUUCAGAGCUGUCAAGUGGGACUUCUUUUUUGUACAAAGAGACAUUAGGUCUUACUUAUGAAGAGGCUCCGACAUCCUAAUGUACUACUAUUUAUGGGGGCAGUAGCAUCACCUCAGCAUCUCUGCAUUGUUACAGAGUUCCUGCCAUGUGGAAGUUUGUAUCAGUUGCUUCAGCGGGGCUCUCAGAAAUUAGAUUGCAGGCGACGUGUUCUCAUGGCUUUGGACAUUGCACGGGGUAUGAAUUAUCUUCAUCUUUGCAACCCACCUAUUGUUCAUCGUGACUUGAAGUCAUCAAAUCUGUUGGUUGAUAAAAACUGGACUGUGAAG